AUGGCGGUCUCAGCGUCGUCUUCUGAGGUGCGGCAGGCUUUGGAGCGUGGACGGGACGGUCAUACCGAUAAGGCAACGAAUGAUACCCUGGAAGCAGCCAUUGAAAGCUUAUGGGGCAAGAUCAACGCACAGAAGGAUUAUGUACUCGACCGCGACGAGUUUGCCCUAUUCAACUACUUCAUAUACCGGUACAAGGGCAACACCGUCGCACAACGGACCGUCGCACGGUUCUGGGAUCAUUAUAAGGGCGACCCAAACGCGGCAGAGAGCAAGACAUAA